ACUUAUUAAAUAGAUCCAGAAAUGAAAUCUGCAAGCUCCAAUUAGCCAUGGUGAAGCGGCCUGUCGGCGCAAAAGUGCAAAAUGAAGUAGUCGAAAAGAAGUCACACUAUGGAGUCAUUUCUGAUGUCCGAAACGGGUGCUCCGAUUCAAUUUUGCAAACUAGAGUGCAACUUUUAGCCGAGACAUGUUUAACUUUCGAAGACUUCGACAAAUGUGCAAUAGAAUUAGCCAAAUAUCUUCUGGGAAAAAUAGUGGUGCGCAUAACGGAGAAUGGAGAAAUUCUCACGGGAAGAAUAGUGGAAACUGAAGCGUACCCUGGACUGACAGAUGUUGCUAGCCACUCAUUUAGAGGCAGAACUGAGCGCAAUCAGGCCAUGUUUAUGCCUGCAGGAACCUGUUACGUGUACUACAUAUACGGACGACAGAAUUGUGUUAACGUAUCCAGUAAAGACGAGGCUGGCGCAGUUUUGAUUCGAGCUGUUGAGCCAAUAGAAGGUCACUCGAUAAUGUUGAAAAACCGAAACAAAAAAGUCGAUGCAAGUCUUGCUCAAAGUCUCAAAUCUAUUAAAGACGUUUCAAAUGGACCUGCCAAACUGUGCCAAGCGCUUAAUAUAACGAAAGAUGAAUUCAACUGUCAACCUCUGACGUUCAGUAGAAGCACCGAAACUGGGAGUGAAAUUUCUGUUGUUCCGAAAUUGUUUAUGGCCAAAACCGAAGAAGGAAAUAUUCCUGAAGAUUCCAUUGUAGUUUCGACUAGAGUAGGAAUUGAUGGCUGCGGUAAAGAGGCAGCUGCACUUCCGCUUAGAUAUUUUAUCAAACGAAAUUUUUAUGUUAGUGUAGUUAAAAAGACAGAUAGUAUUGGCUGAAUUUAGUAAAAAAAAGUUCGAAUUUCGUAUGUGAUUUACCAAGUGAUUUAUAA